GGCGAUAAAACACGAGACGUGACGCCAAUUCCCCGCAGUAGGCGCACGGCUCGUGGGCAUCUCGGCUCAGAACAAGGAAGCAAGCGCAGUGAGAAGCCGAUCAGACAGCAAUGGAUGAUGCUCUUGACUUCGAUGCUGAUCAGACAGCAAUGGAUGACACUCCUGACUUCAAUGUGACGACUGCUGCUGCCGAAGAUGAAAACAAUGAAAUAAGGAAAAUUAGGCUGGAGGCUCAGAAAGCCUUAAAGAAAAAGGAGCAUGAAAUGGAGCAAAUGCAGAGGGAUUAUGAUAAGAAGAUUCGGGAUCUGCAAAAGGCUAUCGAUAAUGAACACGCGGAGUUGCAGAAAAAACUGGCAGAAAUAAGCCAGCAUGACCAGGAGAUGGAAGUCUUGAAGGAAGAGUUGGAAAACGCUACAUCCAAGUGUCAAAAGCUGGAGGAGAAACAACAGAUUUCAGCAUCACUGCCAGAGAAGUCGAUGAGCUUUUCCAAGAGUGUGCCCAUGAAGUUGAUUGAAAGGGACUCAAAAAUACCAAUUAUAGUUGAAUAUGAAUUUGUUCCACGCAUCAUCUACCCUCUGAAAGGACCGCAAGCGCUCAUCACGUUUGAGAGUGAAGAAGUUGCUCAAAGUGUACUCUCUGCAAAAUGUCACAAUGUAGCGUUCGACGGUUUCAAAAUAGAAAUGAAGGCUCAGUCGCCUGUGCUCGAAGCCAUUCAGGAGUUCAAGAUUUCAACUGAAGUCAGUAGACAGCAGAUUAUUGUGUCAGAAAUUCCAGACAUCCUCGACGAAGAACAGAUGAAGGAUAAGUUGGAGUUGCAUUUCUACAAAGCCAAGAAUGGUGGGGGUGAUAUAGAGAAAGUGGAGUACAAUAAGAAGGAACGGACAGCUAUUAUUACGUUUGUGAAAUCCAGUGUUGCAGGUUCAGCUGUCCGGCAAAAGAAGCAAUAUAUUAGCAUUGGAAGGGAGGACAUACGCGUCAAGGUAUCUCCUGUUUUAAAUGGAGACCUUAUGAAUUUCAAGACAUUCACAGCGGUGAGCAGGCGGACCGUAUUAUUGACGGGCAUACAGGAGGUGUUGACCCAAGAGGAGAUGGAGGACCAACUUGAGAUCCACUUCCAGAAGCCUAGCAAUGGUGGCGGUGAGGUGGAGGACAUCGUGUACAUACCCAAGAGCAAGUGCGCCUUGGUGGGCUUUAUAGCUGACAAGUGACGGAGCUCACACACAUAUACAGUCUGCUCUCCUAUAACGCGGUAGUUUCAUUCCUGAAGACAUGAAGAACAUCGCGUUAUGAAAAAAAUCGCAUUAUAAUAUAUAAUAUAGGGUAAAGCACAGUCUGCGAUAACACGUGAGAUGCGUAUGCAGGCUGGAGACAUCACAAUAAUAGAUACGUUAAUCAGCCCACUAUAUGGCAUAUGGCAUGCAUUCAGGAUAUAGAUGUUAUCAAUAAAGGAAUCUAUUUAGUUUACUUAUGUUAACGAAAAUAACCUAAUCAUUUAAUUAUCUUGAAUUUUUUUUGCUGUGAACUUUUGAAGAGUCUAAGAGGUUUGAAGUUCCACAUUGGUUUGGUUUUGAAUAUAGUUUAAUUCGAUAUGUCAAUUACAGUACAGUACAGCAAUUUACAUACAGUAUAUAAAAACUACUUCACAUUUCUGUACAUUUUUCAUGGACGCCAAGAUGAAUACAGUAAACACGUAAUUAGAUGUCCCCAUGAUUGAAUAACAAUGCAAACCACUUAACACAAUUGUAGCAAUGAUAAAAUACAAAUAAUGCAGCAUUGGCAGUUUAAACAUGUAGCGUUAACCUUUGGCAAAUGUUAAACACGAGACAGUACAAACGAAACUCAAUUGGAGUGAACUUCCUCUUUACAGAUGUUGUCAACAAGAUAUUUUCGGGUGGAAUAGGUUGUAUGUUUGCUGUGUAACUGGUUUGGUCUCGUAACACUGUAGGUACUGUAAUCUCCACACAAGUGACUUAUUGUUAUACUUCAACACGGACGAUGUUUUGUCGCUUUGUAAUCGGGAUUAUUUGGCAUUCACAAUAGCGAUUCAAUUCAUGAGUCUAUCCUUGAUUUUUUUUUUACGAAAACUGAACACGUUUGUCAAUGACACAGUGGCCUUGUAGGGAAAAUAUAUAAUGGGUGAUGUUUUGGGCAAUUGCCCUUCUUCAAAGAACAUAGGCAGGCUAGAAAGUUAAAAUUGGGAUAAGAGUUCUAGACUACACUACACCAUGGGGCCUGAUGAGUAUGAAACAACUUUGUUCUGUGAACAGUGCAGUUAAUGAUAGCAGUUCUACUGUCUGCACGGAAUGUGAACCCAUCCAUUUCAGCAUACAAAUCUUAUGACAGUGAGCUUAGGUGUAUUGAUCAAUCGAUCACUGUACCCCAAUCAUGUAACAUGGCGGGAUGCUUACUAUUGCAGUAUGUAAUAUGCAAUGAGGCAGAGAUUAGGGAAAUGAAAUCGGUUCACACUUGAAGCCAUGACGUGGAACAAGAAAAGUGCAAUUAUGCUGCAUUUGUGUUCAUAUCAUACUGUGCACACGUGUCGUGGUCGCAAAACACAUCACAAGGCAGUUGUAUUAACAUGGAUACCUCUGGAUGUUAAAUUCUUUACGUGGUUCUGAAUAAACAAUUACUUAACUGUG